AUGUGUAUGGCGGUGUGCACACCAAAUUGCCCUCCUGGUUUGGAGUAUCUGACUGGCAUUGACAAGCUGCGGGUGAGCCAGUCUGUUGAUUUCCUGAAGGUGUUCACCCCCUUCGAGUUCGUCAAUGAAUACACGAUCAAGAGUGCGGUCGGCGAUCAUGUGUUUUCGGCAAAGGAGGAUACAAGUUGCUGCAAUCGGUUUUGCUGCUCUACCCUUCGUAGCUUCGAUAUGGAGCUCGUUGACAAGUCCAUGAAACGGGUCCUCCACCUUAGCCGUCCCUUGCGAUGCCAGUCGUGCUGUUUUCCAUGUUGUCUGCAGGAGUUAGAGGUAACUGGUUCCAACGGUGUUAUCGGAUAUGUGGAGCAGAAUUGGUCGUUCUGGAUUCCUAAGUUCAGCAUCAAGAAUCAGAACGGUGAGACGGUGCUGAAGAUUGUCGGGCCUUGCCUUACGUUCGCCACAUGCUGCAGUGAGGCUGUGUUUAAGAUUUUUGCUACCGACGGUACACAGAUCGGGCAGAUCAACAAGCAGUGGUCGGGAGUGGGCAAAGAAGUGUUUACCGAUUCGGAUAAUUUCGAAAUCAGCUUCCCGAUAGACCUGGACGCUCGGAUGAAAGCCACUUUACUCGGGGCAUUGUUAUUAAUUGAAUACAUGUACUUCGAGAACGUUCCAACAAACCUGAUAGGGCUGCUAUGUUUAUCGAUUCAACCUCGUCCUGCUUAG